CAUACCAAGUGAUCAUCUUGCUUGAGGAAGGAAUGAGGGAAGAACAUUGAACAAACGAAACUUUUCUCGCAGAACAAAGAUUCCCCACCAAGCAAAGCCUCAAAGCCGUCAAUCCACGAACCCAAAAUUGAAACUUGAUGGAAAACGAAGAGCAGAACGCGCCAUCAACACCACAGCAAUCUUCUCAAAAUAAGAAGAAGACAGUGAUUACAAUACCAUCUUACCAAGAAGUAAUAGCAAGCUCACAAAUUAAAUCAACGCCUCCACAAAAUCUCUUCGCGCCAUCCCAGUCUUUCUCUCAAGCCUUCUCUUUUAUCAAAAACUCUGAAUUUUAUGACCCUCCACCUGUUAAACCAACUAAUACCCAAAAUCUGACUUCAAGUCAAGGUGGUGAAGUGAAGGGGGUGGUUUCUUCAAGUUCUUCUUCACAGCCGAAUCUGGUUUCUUCAAGUUCUUCUUCAAAUCCUAAUCAGAAUCGAAAUGCCAUUCUAGUUAGUCACAGGCAGAAGGGAAAUCCCUUACUAAAAUAUAUCAGAAAUGUGAGAUGGGCUUUUGCAGAUGUUGUUUGUGACUACUUGAUCGGGCAGAAUUCAUGUGCUUUUUAUCUAAGUCUUCGAUAUCAUCUGCUGCAUCCAGAUUACCUGUAUUACCGUAUAAGGGAAUUACAGAAAAGCUUCAAGCUUCGCGUUGUUCUCUGCCAUGUUGAUGUGGAGGAUGUAGUUAAGCCUUUACUGGAAGUUACUAAAACUGCUCUACUACAUGAUUGUACCCUGUUAUGUGCUUGGAGCUUGGAAGAAUGUGGUCGCUACUUGGAGACUAUCAAAGUCUAUGAAAACAAAUCGGCUGACCUUAUUCAAGGUCAAAUGGAUGCAGACUAUUUAUCACGGCUGACCCAUGCCCUCACAACUGUUCGACAUGUUAACAAGACUGAUGUGGUUACCUUAGGGUCAACAUUUGGGUCUCUUUCACAUAUCAUGGAUGCAUCCAUGGAAGACUUAGCUCGUUGUCCUGGCAUAGGAGAGCGCAAGGUUAAACGUUUGUAUGACACUUUUCAUGAACCAUUCAAGCGCGUAGUUUCCAGUCAACCUGCUAUUCCAGAAUCCACUUUUCAAAAAUAUGCUGAACCUCGCUCAUUGAGUGAAGUGACAGAAGUGGAAAAAGACACAGAAGAUGCAAGCAAACGUAGGAAGAAAGAACCCGAAAAGACUGUUAAAUCAGCUCUAUCUGCCGCUUUUGCCAAAUAUGCUGAUAAAAUUGGCAAAAAGAACAAUAGAUCACCUGCAAACAAGGAAGGGGAAACAAGUGCUGCCAAAUCAGGGUCUGAAAAUAAGAAUGACAAUGAAGAAACUGCUAGUUGAUAUUUCUACUUCCCCCAAAAUAAUUCACACUAACAGAAAAAAUGAGCGCCUGAUGAAAUGGAAACGCUUCAGAAGAUGUUAUUGUUUCCUUGGAUGGAAGGAAGGAAGGAAGACAUAUUGGUGGUGCAUACUGGACGGGGUUAUCUUUUCCUCCCCUUUUACGGUGAUGUUUAACAUGGAGAAUCUUGAAAUCUUGUGAACCCGGUAAGAUUUUGUAGGGCUUAGAAAUUAUGCAGGCCAAAAUGUAAUCUAUAGGUAUGUAUUAUUGUAUAUAUAAAAGAACUAAAAUCUUUGGAAAUUGAUUAAUUUUAACAUCCCAUUUUCUGAAGCUACAAAACUGGACUCUUGAGAUAGUUUUCUCUUAUCUUAGUGCGCUGUCAAAUGAUU